AUGACACAGCCACAUGAUGAGGAAACUGGACAGACAACAGCAUCCCUGACUGGGAUACAGGACAGACAGAUAUCACUAACACAGCCACAUGAUGAGGAAGCUGGACAGACAACAGCAUCACUGACUGGAAUACAGGACAGACAGAUAUCACUAUCGCAGCCAAACAAUGAGGAAGCUGGACAGACAACACCACAUGAUGAGGAAGCUGGACAGACAACAGCAUCCCUGACUGGGAUACAGGACAGACAGAUAUCACUAACACAGCCACAUGAUGAGGAAGCUGGACAGACAACAGCAUCCCUGACUUGGAUACAGGACAGACAGAUAUCACUAACACAGCCACAUGAUGAGGAAGCUGGACAGACAACAGCAUCACUGACUGGGAUACAGGACAGACAGAUAUCACUAACACAGCCACAUGAUGAGGAAGCUGGACAGACAACAGCAUCACUGACUUGGAUACAGGACAGACAGAUAUCACUAACACAGCCACAUGAUGAGGAAGCUGGACAGACAACAGCAUCCCUGACUUGGAUACAGGACAGACAGAUAUCACUAACACAGCCACAUGAUGAGGAAGCUGGACAGACAACAGCAUCCCUGACUGGGAUACAGGACAGACAGAUAUCACUAACACAGCCACAUGAUGAGGAAGCUGGACAGACAACAGCAUCCCUGACUUGGAUACAGGACAGACAGAUAUCACUAACACAGCCACAUGAUGAGGAAGCUGGACAGACAACAGCAUCCCUGACUUGGAUACAGGACAGACAAAUCACUAACUCAGCCACACGAUGA